CACCAUACACGAUAAUGAUAUAGCAACAAUAACAGCCAGACUUUUUACUGUUAUAUUAUGUUGAACAGCUAAACAGUACGCUAUCAUUGCAAUACGGACACAUGAUACUAAUAUAAUAAAUAUGAAUUGUAAUUUAAAACGUAAUCUGGGACGUGCACGAUAACAAACAGGGACACACGCCUAUGGGAAUUAUGAAUAGAGAAGGUACAACGAUGGAUAAGAUUAUUGUUUGAAUUGCACCAAUAAAAAAGAGUGUAACAGUAAUAAUCAUAUUCAUAAAACCGAUUGUUUCCAACUGAUUAUUGUCUGGAUGUUCACCUUUGAAAAAUAGAUCUUGAUGACUCAUACUAAUAAGCAUGAAUAAUGUUAUAGUUAACACUGUUUCAAAUAUGACAAUUAGACCAUGAAAAUAAACACGUGAACGAUAAAAACAAGAAUUAGAACACAUUUUUUUCCUAUUCUAACGAUUGAAAUCUACAAGAUUUUACUCUGUCUCUUUACAACAAUAAAUGGGUUAUCGAUUGAUUCAUGAAUAGAAAGAGAACGAAACCCUUUUAUUAUCAGAGUAAAAGAAAUACAUUAUUUGCCAUAGAUAAAGUAUUCGUUUUCUACGAAAAACAAUAGUGUUUAUAUGACUUUUCUCAAUUCCAAUUAAACAAAGUAUCUGUCUAUGAUCAGCAGUGGAUAUUUUUGAUACUAUUCCUAAGACAGAUUCAAGGGUACUAGUAGUAUUGUUGAGAUCAUGCAGAUAUCAUCAGAUUCCGCAUCCUCAUCUUGAGUAACUGCAUUUAUUUAUCAAGUCAUAAAAGGCUAAAUCGAUCGUAAUAUUCAAAAUUAUCUGACAUGAGAGAAAUAUUUGUCUUUCUUGGAUUCUUCUGUUAUUUUCUCUAUUCAACUAUAUGUCUGUGAAAUAUAAUCAAAAACAAAUAUUUAUUCACUUCAAAAUACCUUUACGAGAUAAAGACUUUUGCUGACUUACACAUUUUUACAAUCUCUUUUAUUUAUUGUAUAUAUAGAAAUGGCUGAAUGUGAGCAUUUACGCGUUGGUCGAGAAUUUUUAGAAAGUGUUUCAUGGCCUUCCGCAUUUCGUCAAGAAGCUCAUGAUCGAUGUUAUUGUGAACGAUGUUAUCCGCCGCAUUUGGGAGAUACAAUGAAUGUAGCUAAUUAA